AUGCCAUCCAUCGUCAACCUCAAGUUCAAAGGAAACAAGUCCUUUGUUGCUUUCAGCAAUCUAAGCGACUCGGAGUCGCUAACAAAGACAUGGAAGGUGUGCACAAAGGUUGCCAGCUACCUCGAACAGGGCCAGCGUCUUGAAAACCUGUCUUGGAGACUCUGGCAUCUCCAGUCCCUCAUCGUCGACACCGACAAUGCCAGGUCAAAACGCGAAUUCAAAAAGUUAUCCAAGAACAUGGGCGACAAGCUCGACAGAGAAAAGGGCAGGAGCAUCGAAGAGCUCGAGGCGCCAGAUUUCAAGCGCAACGCUUCCACAGAUCUCAUCUGCCAACGCGCAGCCGAACGCGAGCGCAGUCGCGAAGCCAAUCAGAAUGCCAUACCCGGCACCAUCAAACGCAUGCAGUUCACUUUCUCAGUCGAUCAGCCGUCGCCUGCGGCCCCAAACAACGUCCUCAGCAAACCCGAUCUCAAACCCUGUCCCGAAUUCAAGGAUUCACACACCUCCGCCGCUAGACGCGGCCGUCAGGCCACUCGUUCGUCCAACCACAACUCCGUCGCAGGCGACGACUCCAACAACGACCAGGAUUCCUCUCCCCCGGCCAUGGCAUCCCGUAAGCGAAAACACUCGUCCUCUGCCGUUCAUGUUCUGCAGCAGCCUACCCUCAAAUUCCCCUCUUUGUUCUCCAACGACUUCGGUCCUUCAGCUCUCCUAUCAGCAAUCCCCACCUUGACCACACCUAUGAACUACGGCGAGGACGUCACACGUUCUUCUUCCACAUCUCACCAUGCCCUAAGUAUCUUCAGGCCAACCAUUGAGCUCCCCCUCGACGAACUCCUCGACUCGUGCAACGAAGAGACGCCUUCCGCGUCUUCUGCAUUGGACGCCAUAAAUACCCCCGGGGACAGUGAUAUCGUCAUGCAAGACCUCCCAGGCGCCACUUCUACAUCCAAUGCCAGCGCCACCUCAACCCCUAAUGCAAAUACAGGCCCUGCAAAUCCCAGCAUCUCAUCUUCCACCCCAGCUACCGUCACCAACCCCAACGUCGGUACAAGCGUUCAUUUGACUACCCAAACUAACCCCAGUGCCGGUAUGACUCAUACUAAACCCAGUCCUAGCACUGGAACCCGCGGUCGUCCCUCUUUGACAGUUAAGACUUCCUCACACCUAACUCGGUCCUCUACUGGCCCUAGUGCCACUGCAUCGGGUGUCGCUGUGAACACUCCAGGCGGUGGAAAUGUAAAUACUAACGGUGCCCAUGGAGGUACCCAUGGAUCCAUCAAAGCAGAAUGCUCGAAUUGCGGUGCGACACAUACCCCCUUGUGGAGGCGCGGAUUGAACGACGAGCUAAAUUGUAAUGCGUGUGGUUUGUAUUGUAAACUGCACAAACGCCCGCGCCCCAAAACCAUGCGGUCCAACCACGCCGAGCGACAUCCCACUACUUCUACAUCCCAUACAUCCACUCAUACAUCCAUCCACGCGUCCACCUCUUCCAACGUACACGCUGGGACGAACGGGACGGCGCAAUGUUAUAACUGUCAUACAACCGCGACACCACUCUGGAGGAAAGACGACGAGGGCAAGACCGUUUGUAAUGCAUGUGGCCUCUACUACAAAUUGCAUGGCUCCGCCCGCCCCAUAUCUAUGAAAUCUGACGUGAUACGUAAACGAUCCCGCCAUGACGCGUCAUCUGGGUCAGGCACGACUUCGGCGUCUGCUUCACCUGGCCCGAGUUGCCGCGCUUCUCCAAACGUAGAUACCCUCGAUGUGAGCGAAUCCCCAACGUUGGCUCCGGAUUCGACGACGCAGCCUGCUGCAUAUGAAUUUGGGGAGGAUGGAGUCGUAAAUGUUGGUGUUCAUGGUGUUGGUGUGCACGGCGUGGGUGCGGCAGGGACCAGUGUCCUAGGACACGCCUACGCAGGAAUUUUUGGACACCAUGCAUACCCUGGUCCGUAUCACCCGGAUUAUCUGUCCUCCCAGUUUCACUUGGAUGCCGCUCUUCCGUUUUCGGGUGUCGACGGGAUGGACGGAGAAGAGAGCCCAGGAGCCGCUGCUACUGGCGGCGAUGAACACAGAAGCUCUAAACGCCGCCGCAUGAGCACCGACUCAGCGAGCGAACCACCUUCGUCGGCGGUUUCGUACUCGUCGUAUGCUGAGAGCAUGAUGUCGACGUCUACUGCCCCAACCUCGGCGAUAUCUGCCUCACAUCACCCUCUCGCGUCUCACCAUGCGUUCUCUUCUCACUCGCGGAGAUCGAGCAUGGAUUUCCCAUUUUUCACUCCUUAUGGUGUGUUCCGUGGAUCGGUUUCAAACACGUUCUGGCAUCCUCCGAUGGUGAUUGCUGAACCCGAUCGGUCCCCUCAGCCUGCUGGGUUCCAUCCUCCAAUGCUGUUACCCGAGGAGGAGAACCUGUUCGCGACAUAUUUUCACCCCCCGAUGUUGUUACCUUCUGAAGACGGAGACGUACAACAGGACGGAGGAGAUACUACAGGGUCUUCUGCUACGUCACAUAGCGAGAAUCAACAACACCAACGGAGAAUGGACGACGGUAGCCAGCGAGAUAGGCAAGAGUAA